GUUAGUUUAUUAGCGUUUCCAGGAGGUUUCUGUCGACAGUCUGUAGUUGAAUAAUGUUCGGAUACCAAAUUAUCUUAGAUCUAUCAUAUUUUAAAGGUAACAGUUGCUCGGGAUAGAUGCAAGAGAAUGUGGUUAUUGCGAGGACGAAAUGGCGUCUGUUUCCACACAAUACUGUGUGUGACAGUCUUCUAGUUUUGUAUAUUCAGCAGACGACCCCUGAAUUUAAACGACAUCCGCAAACCAAAAUGAAUGACAACGGGGCUAAAAUAAUGCUUUUCAAUUCGCUAUACCAUAGAGACCUACCGUAUAAUUCAGUACAGUAGGAUUUACCAAUCAGCAAAAUUCACAGUAAUGCAAUCAAAUAUGGUUAAAUUUAGAGGACAUCAGAGAGUGCAGAAAAAGCCACUUCAUAUACGGAACAGUAGUUGGUCGCUUUACUGAAUCCUACUAACGUUUUCGUCAACAGAAUAGACACCAAAGUCAAAUGACCGUGAACCAACCAAUCGAAUCACUCGGCAUUACAAAUGGCUGCUCCCCAUAAUCUUCGCUACAAUUUUCUUUCUGAUUCAGGGUUAAGGUUAGGGUAGGAUUGAAGUCGGUUUAUGAUUAAGGUUAGAGCAAAACUUGCAACGAUCUUAAAAAACAUCCAUUUGUAAUGUUGAGCGGUCUGAUCGGUUAUUAAAAAGGUUGGUUAAGAGCUGGUUCUAGUUCGGUAUCUUUGAGAAGGUUUCAGUUUGCGCGAUGCCAGAAACGAUUGCUACAAAGAAUUUGAAAGAUGGACAACAAGAGGAACAAGAGUUGGCCUCCAAAGCUCUUCGUAUACAAAAUAAACGCUUUUAUCUGGAUAUUAAACAGAACAAAAGAGGCCGUUUUGUUAAGAUAACAGAAGUUGGCACUGGAGGCCAAAAAUCGCGCAUUUUGAUGUCAAUGCCUGUUGCUUUAGAAAUGAAAGAAAAGAUAAAUAAACUGAGUGACACAUAUAGCCAACUUCCUUCACACAAUCGGGAAUCACUUGCUCAAGAUGGGCGUAUUGCAUCAGACAUCAUUGUUCGCGAUAGCAGACGCUAUUAUCUUGAUCUCAAGGAGAAUGAACGUGGUCGUUUUCUGCGUCUUGCUAUGCUUUCUAUGGGUGUACGUGUACAAAUCGCUAUUCCAGCUCAGGGUAUGAUCGAGUUGCGCAAUGCACUGGCUGAUCUUAUACAAAAUUAUUCAGGAGAUACGGAAAAUGACAUAUUUUCAGACCUACCUGAAUCUAAAGUACUCUUUGUUGGCAAUAAAACAUUCUACUUUGAUGUUGGUUCAAAUCGAUUUGGCAUAUUUUUGCGUAUCUCUGAAGUUCGAGCUAACAUUCGUUCUUCAGUCACUAUACCUGAACAACAUUGUACACGAUUCUGUGAUAUUAUUACUGAAUUGGCUAGCAAAAUGUCUAAUCAGAAGUUAACUAAUGGUGUGUCUGAGAAUGGUAACACUUCUGAUCAACCGGAGGAAACAGUGAAGGAGUCAAUAGAAAAGGAAAAUGGUGGAGAGGUUCCAUCAGCUGCAUCCUAAUGUGUUUGUUUGUUUUCUUUUGUUGUUGGUGGGUUUUGUUUCCCCUGACUUGACUUCGAUCUCUCAACAAUGCUUAUUAUGGCAUUUAUUAUAUUAGCACUAUAAUUGUGAUGCAUGUUAUUCUGUGUUCAGUUAUAUAAUAUUUGCUUUUACCUUUUUAAUGUUUUAAUGCGUUUACUUUAAUAUUUUAAUUUUUUUUCCUAUGUUUUUUUUAAAACAAUAUGCAAUAGUUAUUUUAUCUUUUAUUUAUAUAAUUUAGUUUUGUCUUUUCUUAAUAUUAGUUUUUUUUUUUAUUUAUUUUUUUCUUAUGCAUGCCGAUCGUUUAAAUUAUAAUUAUUAAUAAUAUCAUUAUCAUCAAUGUUAUUAUCAUCACCAUCUCUGUUUGUGUAUUUUAUAUCUUAUUGGGAAAUGCGCAGCACAAUCCUCAUAAUAAUCUCAAUCAUUAUCAUAUGACUUCAAAGUAUCAUAUACAAAUAUAAUAAUAAUAAUAGUACCUAAAGUCCAUCGUAUGUAUUGCGAUUUUUCUCUAUCAUUUUAAUGCCACUGCUAGUCCAACUGUGUCUGAUAUCUUGUGCUUAUUGUCAUCACAUCACAUCACAUGAAACAUCACCCAGUAGUAGUUAACUAACAAGUAUCCUACUCUUACCU